CCGUGCUGGUCACCGUCCUGCGGUUCGAUAGGAUCCCCGCGCCCGCUUUCUCAGGCCCUGCCCUUGGGCGGGGGCGGGGCCAGAGCCGGCGGGCUGCGCGGGAGUGGUUGGCUGCGCGGAGGGGGCGGGUCCUCGCCGCGCGCAGUGCUCGGGCCAGAGCUCGAGGCGCUUACCGACGCCUGAGCCAAGAGACGCCGCGGCCGCCGCUUGGUCGCCUCCGGCUUCGCGUCGCGCCGAGUCUGCCUCCUCUGCCCCACCCGAUCGGCAGCAUCCGCUCCACCUGGCCCGCGGCCUCGCUGUCCCUGGCGGGGCAGGUGUUUCUGCUGUGGUGAACCCUGCUCUGGCCUCUGGUAGCUGGCUGUUGGCUCCUGACCCUGAGUUCUUGUUGAAACUGGGAAGGGGAUGACAAUAGGGUAGGUGAGCUCUAAAGAAGCCAGCCCUGCCAGAGACCUCCAUUCUUGAGGUCUGAGCCACAGUGCGUUGCAGCGUUUGGAUCUAUGGACCUGCUUUGAACCGUAGAGCCUGCCUAUGGGGGAAGGUGACGCCAUCUGGGCCCCAUCCAUCCUUCCUCACGGCACCCUCAGCACCUUAAGCCACCACCCUGAGCUACAUUUUGGAGGAAAGAUGGAAUCUAAGGUCUCAGAAGGUGGCCUGAACGUAACCCUGACCAUCCGCCUACUGAUGCAUGGAAAGGAAGUUGGAAGCAUCAUUGGGAAGAAAGGAGAGACAGUGAAGAAGAUGCGGGAAGAGAGUGGUGCCAGGAUCAACAUCUCAGAGGGAAACUGCCCGGAGAGAAUUGUCACCAUCACAGGCCCAACUGAUGCCAUCUUCAAAGCCUUCGCUAUGAUAGCAUACAAGUUUGAGGAGGACAUCAUUAAUUCCAUGAGCAACAGCCCUGCCACCAGCAAGCCCCCAGUGACAUUGCGACUAGUAGUCCCUGCCAGCCAGUGCGGGUCCCUGAUUGGGAAAGGUGGCUCUAAGAUCAAGGAAAUCCGGGAGUCCACAGGUGCUCAGGUCCAGGUGGCAGGUGACAUGCUGCCCAACUCCACAGAGCGGGCAGUGACUAUCUCAGGGACCCCAGAUGCCAUCAUCCAGUGUGUGAAGCAGAUCUGUGUGGUCAUGCUAGAGUCCCCACCGAAAGGUGCCACCAUUCCCUACCGCCCAAAGCCCGCCUCCACCCCUGUCAUUUUUGCAGGUGGUCAGGUAAGAGCCGACCCGCUCGCGGCCUCCACUGCCAACCUCAGCCUUUUACUGCAGCAACCGCCGCUGCCCGCCUACACAAUCCAGGGACAGUACGCCAUCCCCCACCCAGAUUUGACCAAGCUCCACCAGUUGGCCAUGCAGCAAACCCCCUUUCCUCCCCUCGGACAGACCAACCCCGCUUUCCCCGGAGAAAAGCUGCCUUUACACUCCUCCGAAGAAGCUCAAAAUCUGAUGGGCCAGUCGUCAGGUUUGGAUGCCAGCCCCCCGGCCAGCACUCAUGAGCUCACCAUUCCCAAUGAUCUUAUAGGCUGCAUAAUUGGACGCCAGGGCACCAAAAUCAAUGAAAUCCGACAGAUGUCUGGGGCUCAGAUCAAAAUCGCCAAUGCCACUGAAGGGUCGUCAGAGCGUCAGAUUACCAUCACAGGGACCCCAGCCAACAUCAGCCUUGCCCAGUAUCUCAUCAAUGCUAGGCUGACGUCUGAGGUCACCGGGAUGGGUGCACUCUAACCUACCCAAGAUCCUCCAUUCUACACAUCGGAUGGCUCCAGCCUGCAGCCACACCAGCUGGCACACUGUACAGACUGCCUGUCCUUCCUUGCAGAUAUGAAUAGAGCGUUUUCUUUACAAACAGAUGAUAGUGCGUGUCUGCCCACUCAGGCCCUGUGCGCUCCGUAUUAGUGUAGCCUCCACGCAUUGGCAUGCAGCUCUUUACUUUAAUGCUCAACGUAUUCCCAAAUGUGAUGUUUCAGAGAUUUAUUCCUCAGUAUCCAUGUGACUAUCUGUUUAAAAGUUGGUUUGAUGCUUUAACAGCACUUCCUAUGUCCUGCUGUCCCUUGUUCUCAGAGACCCUCCUCCCUCACCUGGUCUACUGACUCAUCCCCACCCUAGGUUGUACGCAGGGGUCAGAGGUACUUUUCUUGCAACCUGCAGGGAGCAUCUGAAAAGGAGGGACUUGGGGGUUAUCCAAGGAGCAAGGCAAAGUGCCAGAGGGUGGGGUGGGACCCUUGCUUCACUGGGAUAUCUCGGGGAGGGGGCACUUGUGGCCCCCAUAUGUCUUCCAAGAUGGCUAAGAACAGGGACUUGCCAGAAAGUUCAUCUGCACCCAUCAGAGUUCAAUAAAUGUCGUGUUCCUCCCCGUG